CUGAACCAUAUCUUUUGCUUCACCAAGCUCAGUCUACAUCUUCCCUCCCUGAACCAUACCAUUAGCAGGCUCCAAUCUUCACAUUCACCCUUCUAUAUAAAUGGUGCUAACCUCUGACUUCCUUUCCUCAGGAUCCCUUUCCUCCUGAGGUGCACAAGCACCACCGUAGUAGAGUGUCUUCUUCUUCUGUUCCACUGCAGCACCAUCACCAAAUAACAUGUCUCCUCUCACCUUUUCUAUAACAUUGGCAUUUUCAUUCCUGAUUUGUAGCAGUAUCACCAUGAAUUACAUUUGAUAGAUGCAUGCUAUUAUCUGAAAACUUCAUGUCUAUCGUAUGAUUCUUAUAUUUUUUGAAUGUCAUCACUUGAAGAGCUCUACAUAGUAUAACUCAUGCUGUUUGUAGUUAGAUUUUAUUUUACAACGUGAAGCAUGAAUUUUUUUUUUCCAUGGAAAGUUACAGGCUUUAUCUUCAUCUCCUGCCCAUUAUUGUCCCUUCAUAUAUGGACUCAACAUUUCAUUGCUUCUGUUUGUAGUUAGAUUUUUGUUUACAUUGUGAUGCAUGAAAUUUUUCCAUGGAAAGUUACCUGCUAAACUUUUCUCUGUUUUAUCUUCCUCGAUGUCCUGCCCAUGCUUGGUAUUGUCUGUUUAUAUAUGGACUCAACAUUUACAUUGCUUCUGUUGGUAGUUAGAUUUUUAUUUUACAAUGUGAUGCAUGAAUUUUUUUUCCAUGGAAAGUUACCAGCUAAACUUUUCUCUGUUUUAUCUUCCUCUCCUGCCCAUGCUUGGUAUUGUCUGUUCAUAUUUGGACUGAGCAUUUUCCUUGCUUGUGUUGUUUAGCAUGAAGCGCCAAAGAGUUUGUGCACCACGUAUCCCAACUCUGAAGGAUGUGCAUCACUGCACCAGAUGGAGUUUAUGCCUCCGUGUAUACCACAAGUUUCAUGUUGAGAGAAUUGGUCAUGGUAGGAAGAGGGUCAACUUUUGUUCUGUUGGAUGCAGAGGGCACAAAGAUGGCUGCCACCAUAUAUGAUGACCAAGUUGAUCGUUUAGAUCCAUUGCUUAAAGAAGGCAUAGCCUAAUAUGUGUCGAUGAUGUCUGUUGAACCAAUUUCAUGUACGCAACGAUGAAUGUUUGCUGAUAAUCCUUAUGAAUGCUGUUUCACUUCCGUCACUCAAGUGUUUGAGAUGAGAAAUCUUCUAUAUCUAAGUAGGAGAAACCCACUACUUGAUUUCUCUCAACAUGCAAGCAUGCCACAUCAUCACACCAUUAAUUUGUUCACACAUCUAUUUAGUGGAAAACUCAUAUUUUUUUGCACAUGCAUGCAUGUUACUUUCCAUCAAGCUAUUUCCAUUAAGUGAAGAAUGUAUAAUCUAUCAUACAAUUACAUUAUAUGUUUUCAAUGGAUACUCUUUUGUUGCUACUUUUUACUCAUGUAUGUUAACUAAGAAUUUCAUUCAACAACGUGGGCUCACGUAUGUUAACUAAAAGUUUCCGCGACAACGUGCGGGGCAUCAUCUAGUAUGGAUGAAAGGACAAUCCCUUUCUUUCAUCCAUUCCUUCCAUAUGAUCGGAUUUUCCCAUCCACUCUUUAUAAUGAUAUCUAUGUCGGUAAGUUGUCUACUUUACUACCGAUUUAGUGUCUUUGUAAUAAACAAAAAAUGUUCUCACACCUCUUUUCUAUCUAUCCCAUGUUAGAUGUUAUUAUUAUGGUUUUGUAUGUAAGCUCAGUGACCUUUGUGGAUGGCAUCUACAAUAGGCGAAUCCCAGUUAGGAAUCUUCUUCUGAUGGAUGACAAGUUUAAUUUUGUGAACGUACGUGUGAAGGAAAAAUGGAAAGUAGCCACACUCGUGCUUGGGCAAGAAGUGCUGAGGAGCGUACCAUUGUUAUUUGUUACCAUGUUGAGAGUAAAGCAUGUUGAGCAAUGUCUACAUACUACUACCUUUAGUAGGGUGCACUUUGGUCCAGAUGUUGAUGUUGCACGUCAGAUGAAGAAGAGGAUCAACAAUGACCUUAGCUCCAUGGACCCGCUUUAUGUCAGCACGAACAAUGGAAGGAGCCUUUUGCAGUCACCUUUUGAGCCAAGGACGCUAGAAUAAGCAACAAGUUGACGCCUUGGGGAAAGAACGCAAAACACACUGGCUGUGUGCAUCGAUGAAAAUGAACCUUUUGCAACCACCUUUCAAUGCUUAAAUGUUUAUAUUUUGUUAGU